CUUGCAGAAUCUGGAUGCUCUACACGAUCACUUGGGUACCAUUUAUCCCGGAAUGAGAGCUCCCUCGUUUCGCUGCACGGAUGCAGAGAAGGGAAACAAUCUGAUUCUUCAUUACUACUCUGAGAGGGAGGGCUUACAAGAUAUUGUAAUUGGCAUCAUUAAAACUGUCGCCCAACAAAUCCAUGGAACAGAGAUCGAGAUGAAGGUAAUCCAACAAAAAAGUGAAGAGUGCGACCACAUCAAGUUUCUGAUUGAAGAGAAGGACUCUGAGGAGGAGGCGUUCAAUGAAGACCUUGAUGGCUUUGAGGAGAACGGCACUCAGGAGACUCGGAUCAGCCCCUACACGUUCUGCAAGGCCUUCCCCUUUCACCUCAUGUUCGACAAGGACCUCAUGCUCACCCAGUGUGGGAAUGCCAUCUACCGGGUUCUGCCGCAGCUCCAGCCUGGCAGCUGUAUCCUUCCAUCAGUGUUUUCUUUGGUCCGGCCUCAUAUCGACUUCAGUUUUCAUGGAAUUCUUUCUCACAUAAACACGGUCUUUGUGCUACGCAGCAAGGAGGGCCUACUUAAUGUGGAGACGGUGGAGAAUGAGGAUGAGCUAACGGGGGUGGAGAUCAGCUGUCUGAGACUGAAAGGGCAGAUGAUUUACUUGCCAGAGGCAGAGAACAUCCUUUUUCUUUGCUCACCCAGUGUUAUGAACUUGGAUGAUCUAACAAGGAGGGGGCUGUACCUGAGUGACAUCCCACUGCAUGACGCCACCCGUGACCUGGUUCUGCUGGGUGAGCAGUUUCGGGAGGAGUACAAGCUGACCCAAGAGCUGGAAAUCUUGACAGAUCGUCUUCAGCACACUCUCCGGGCCCUGGAGGAUGAAAAAAAGAAGACUGAUAGACUGCUGUACUCCGUUCUCCCACCAUCUGUUGCCAACGAGCUGCGGCACAAACGGCCAGUCCCAGCUAAGCGCUACGACAACGUGACCAUCCUCUUCAGCGGCAUCGUCGGCUUCAACACUUUCUGCAGCAAGCACGCUUCAGCUGAGGGGGCCAUCAAGAUAGUCAACCUGCUCAACGACGUCUACACACGCUUUGACAUCCUGACAGACUCCCGGAAAAACCCUUAUGUGUACAAGGUGGAAACAGUUGGUGAUAAGUACAUGACGGUGAGCGGCCUGCCAGAACCGUGCACACACCACGCCAAGUCGAUCUGCCACCUUGCUCUUGACAUGAUGGAAAUCGCCGGACAGGUCAAAGUGGAUGAUGAAUCCGUGCAGAUCACCAUCGGCAUCCACACAGGAGAAGUUGUUACCGGGGUGAUUGGUCAGAGGAUGCCCAGAUAUUGUCUGUUUGGAAAUACAGUCAACCUCACAAGUCGUACUGAAACAACUGGCGAAAAAGGAAAAAUUAAUGUCUCAGAAUACACUUACAGGUGUUUGCAGUGUGCUGAGAAUGCAGAUCCUCAGUUUCAGUUGGAGUACCGCGGCCCCAUCACCAUGAAAGGGAAGAAGGAACCAAUGAAGGUGUGGUUUCUUUCCAGGAAAAGCAGCGACGCUGACAAGGCAUAAUGGACAGACACACAACUACCCUUGAAAGUUUAGUCACGAACAUUUCAUUCCUGUCAGAUGAGGUUUUGAUCAAAAAAUAUGAAGUGAACUAUAGAAUUAUUCUUGGUCCAAAACAUUCAAGCAUUUUUAGUGGUAAAAGCCACUGUAUGUCUUUUGCUUUUUUACCGUGGCUUUACUUUUUGCUCGUUUUCUCUCAUGAUCUCUCUGUUUAUUCAUAUUUCUGCAGCAUCAGAAAAUGCUACAAAUAUUUUGUAGUUAGAUAUUCUCCCAAAAGCUUUUGAUUAAAAAAAGUCAACUUUGGUGCUGUUGUCUGGCAGUUUCACUCCCAUAAACCACCUACCUGUCAUAUCACUUUUAACCAAUAACAACAUUUUAUUCAGUGGAUUUAGUGUUAUUACGUAUUAGAAAAUUCACUUUGAAAUAAAACAGUGACUUUCUGUAUUACAGCUAUAAAAGAAAAAUAUUUGUAAAUCUAAAAAAAUAUAUAUGUAACGGUUCAUGAGAAUUGUUUUUGUUUGUCGACUUGGAAAUCUGUUUUUUUUCCUACACAAACUGGCUUUAAAAGCAUCAAGAACAUUGUUAUAAUAGAUGGAGCACUACAUUUCAAAGCUAUGGAAUCAAUAUAUAUUCAUUUAAGUGUAAUUAAUAGUAUUUUAUGGCAUAGGUUGUAAAUUAAGCACAACCUCAAAAUAUUCUAAAAAUUAAAACUCAGUUUUAUUUAUCAAUGAGCAAAGCUUUUUUUUUAAAUCAUAAAAUGUGUUUAACAAAACUUUUAAAUGGCUACAUUGUGUGUAACACCGAUAAUUUUAUUGUGCACUUUUUUGUUUUCACUUUGCUUUUACAAGUGGUACUACAGGAAAAAAAAAAUAUUUUGUGUCACAAUUGUUUUAGAAGCUCUUUAAUGUUUGCAUAUUUAUUGUUUGUUUAGGGUUACUUUGUAUUUAUUCUGCUUUGCUAAGAAUUCAAAGUCAUAAAUGUAUUGCUCACCUCCCCAAACAAAAUGUAUACUAGACUUAUUUAUGAUUAAACUUUCAAAUGUGUCUUCU